CUGAAUCUGAUUCAGCGGCAUCCCUUAUAACGUCACUUUGAGUCGUGAGUUCCUCGUGACCUCGUCGUUAUCUGGCGUGGAAAAGAGUCCGUGACCUGAGCUUGUGAUCGAAUUACGAAGUUUUUGAGUCAGUGUUUCCACGGCGUCGUCGUCCACGUUCCGUCCAUCGUCACCUAAGGAAGCAUGGACUUCCAUUUCGGGCGUCUGAAAGCGUCCCGGGUAAUAACCCUAUCAGCCUUGACAAUUUGUCGAAGGCCGGACUGUCGGAAAGCACGUUUCUAAACGAUUCCUUCCCUAAACAUUCAAUUCAGAUGCGAGUUGCUGAUUCGUUCGUGUAAUUGGCGGUUUUCUUGAUUCGCAGAUGCGUUUCUCGGGUAGUGCUGGGUGUCUGCUGGAAAGCAGGUCUUUCUUUUUAGAUUCGCGAGUUAGUGUAGGAUCGCGAGUUAUUAGUGUGAAUCUUGAAACCAGUAAAUGUCUUCCAAGAAGAAACGAACUCCACAAGUUUUUGACGUUAGUGAGGAUUCCAGGAGUCGCACUGCGUCAAAGAGAGCGACAUCAGACGAUGAAGAUGAACGGAAGGAGAAGGAGGCACGCAAGCGCCGUAAAGAGAAGUACCGUAAUAUUCGGUACCAGAUCGAGUUUUACUUUUCUGAAGCUAACCUGACAAAAGAUCGUUACAUGAUGGAGCUUCUGCACGGCAAUUCCGUGAACUGGAUGAACAUUGAGGAAUUUCUGAAAUUCAAACGAGUGCAAGCGUUGACAACGCACGUUAAAGAAAUUCGACGUGCGCUUUCGCAUUCAGAGAUUCUCGAAUUAUCGCCCGACAAAACUUGUGUACGGAGACGAGUUCCAAUCGUGCCGAAGGAGAACUCCGACGACUGCAUCGUUUACGUGGAAGGAUUUCCGAGGACAGCGACGAUAGACUCCGUGAAAGCCAUCUUUUCCCAAUGGGGGAACGUGCACUUUAUAUCAUUGCCGAAGUUCCCAAAUGAUCGUCCUAAAGGAUUUGGCUUCGUUGAAUUCGAGAACGAUCGGAUGGCCGAAGCCACUUUGCAAGCUUUCGGACAAGUAGGAUGUCUCAUGGAAGCUACUCCCCCGCGUCACGAGUUGAUGGAUCCUCAGAAAAAUCUUUCUGUUCCUCCUCCGCCUUUGUCAUUCGCAAUUCACAACAAAACUGAAGAAGAAGCCGAAGUGGAGAAGCUUCUUCCGCCGGAUAAUCCCAAGUGCGGAACUACGACUAGAGAAAAGUUGGAGGAAGGGGAAAUCGACGUUGACGAGAAGGAGAACGAAGAAGAGUCCGACGAUGGGGAAAUCGUUGAAAAGCGACGAAAGAAGAAGAAGCGAGAAAAGAAGAAGAAAAACGACAGGACCCGAAUCGCUGUCGAAGUCGGAACUCUGGGCUUGAAGGUCAUGCUGAAAAAAGAGUGGAAGAAGUUGAGAAACCACUACAUGGAUAUGCAACGUUUGAACUACAAUCGCAUGAAGCAAGCUCUGAGAAACGCCAAAAUGGAGGAGGAGGAAACGCAGAGGUUCGAGGCGGACAUGAAGACGAAAGUGCCGAGAGUUGGAGUCUGGCCCAAGAAAGAAACCAUGCCCGAGUCUGUCGUGGCAGAAAUGGACAAACUCCGCUCACCCACCACAUCGAGUGCUCUAGAAACUCCUCAUCCCUGGAAACGGCGUCGAGAAGACGCUGAAGCCGAAGAACAUCCUUUUAUUAAAAAGAAGAAGAAACUACCGCAGCAAGCGCCUCAGCGCAUGAGUGAAGCCUCGGAACGCCCGAAAAUGUCGUUUGAACAGCGUUUAGAACGCGAUGCUUGGCAGAAGAUACCUUAUGUUCCCGACUCCGUCGUGAAAAUCCCCGCCGACGUGGCAACAGAACAGGAGCAGUCGGUGUUUAAGAACUCCGUCCGCAGCAUUGUGACGCCAGAGCACGUGGAUUGCAGACCCGAAGCUUCCCUGGCUUAUGUUCGUUGUCGGGACAAGUUGUCCGCACUCACGUUGACCAACAGUCCGAAAUUUCCGAAUGCCGUCGUUAUUGUUGGACCCGAACAGGCCAUGUAUUGGCAGCACGUUUGGGAUGCUUUCAAGGAGAAGAGAAUGAAAAGACGGGGAAAAAACAAGUUGCAGAAGAGGAUCGAUGCGUAUAUGGGGAUCCCUGGAUAUUCCGAAUCCAUCGCCGGGCAAUUCCAAGGCGUUGAACCUCAAGUUCCUCAAGUGUAAAAAAGAAAAUUCUGCGUGUUUCUCUCUGUAACUAAGACUCGCAAAGUGGAGUGGAUUACAACGUUUUUUUUU